AUGGGUUUCCCACUGUGUUGGGUGGAUUUGAUUAUGAGAUGUGUAUCAUCUGAGAACUUUUCCAUUUUGCUUAAUGACAACAGGCAGACUCCUUUUGCCCCUCAUAGAGGGUUGCGCCAAGGAGAUCCACUCUCGCCUUAUUUGUUUAUAUUAUGUGGUGAAGUUUUCUCUGCUAUGAUUAACAAAGUUGUUUUGAAUUCCUCUUUGCAUGGGGUUAAACUGUCACGGACAGCUCCUGUUAUUUCUCAUUUACUAUUUGCAGAUGAUAGUGUUAUAUUUGCACGAGCUGAUGUGCAUGAGGCAGAGUGUAUUCGCGGUAUUCUCUCUUCCUACGAGAGGGCUUUUGGUCAAGCCAUUAACCUUGAUAAGUCAAUGCUUUCAGUUAGCCGAACUGUGCCACAAAAUUUAUUUCAUGAGCUGAGACAGCUAUUGGGUGUAAAGGCCGUGGAAAGCUUUGAUAAGUAUUUGGGUCUUCCGACGAUCAUUGGAAAGUCUAAGACCCAGAUUUUUUAUUUUGUCAAGGAUAGAGUUUGGAAGAAGCUCAAGGGGUGGAAAGAGAGAUCUUUGUCUCGAGCAGGACGUGAAAUUCUUGUAAAAGCGGUGGCUCAAGCUAUCCCAACUUAUGUAAUGUCUUGUUUCGUGCUACCAAAUGUUGCAAAGAAUUGGUGGCGGAUUUAUACGUCCCCAAAUACUUUAUUUAGCCGUGUGUUUAAAUCGGUGUAUUUCCCGAGUGGCAAUCUUCUGGGUGCAAACAAAGGCUAUAGACCAAGUUAUGCUUGGUCAAGUAUGCUAAAAGCUAGUUGGAUCUUUGAAAGAGGUGGAUGGUGGAGAGUGGGGAAUGGUGAGUCCAUUAAUAUUAUUGGCGAUGCUUGGCUCCCACAUGGUUCUCCCAUGCUUUAUCGGGAAGAUGCUUUUGCUGAAUUGCACUUGAACAAGGUAGCUGAUUUAAUAUCUAAUGGUACUCGGAGACAUGAUUUGAUUGAAUAUGUUUUUAGCCCGGCGACGGCGACCUGUAUUCUUGUUGUUCCCUUGCCUUUGCAGGUGUGUUCUGAUAUACUUUUCUGGCCGGAGACUUCUGACGGUUGGUAUACCUCCAAAUCUGGCUAUGAUUUAAUUCGGAGAUGGCAAUACCAGGCGGAGGCUUCAUCCUCCACGGCUGUUGUCCUUCCUACAACAUUUUGGCAAAGGAUUUGGAAGUCAACGGCGAUUCCUCGGUGCAAAGAGGUGGUUUGGAGAGCAAGUUCUGAAUUCUUACCGGUUAGAGCGUCGCUUCGUCGAAGGGGCGUGGAUGUUGAUCCAUCUUGCCCGUGGUGCGGUAUAUAG